UUCAAAGUUGAAGAAAAAGUAGAUGGCGGCAGUCAAAGCUCACUUCUCUCUUUCUUUAUGGACAAGAUUUUCUUCUUGGUUCCAUGGGGUGAGAUGGCAGCACAAAAUAUGUAGUUGUUGUGUGUGUGUAUAUAUACAAGAAAUGGGCAGGCAAAAUAUACUUGAAAAACCAGGAGGAGAAUACAUACCGUAAAUUAAUUCUGGGUUUUCUUGAUAUUGGCAAGAAGCGUCUGGCAGCUUCUUCCCGUGUGCAAAAAACUUGCUUCUUUCUUUUUCUUUUUGCCUUAAGUUUGAACUUUGAGGGCAUUUGGUGUUAGAAAGGUCAAAACUUGCUGCUGCUUCUUUUUCUCUUCUCUUGCUUAGUCUCCAAGUUCCGCAAUUUCAUUGGUUGCCACAAAAAACAGCUCAUAUUCUCAUCGGCCAUUCCUUGCUAGUUUUCAAUAUCACAACUCAAAUUCUUGAGCCCUGCAAUAUCGAUCUCCAGAUUUCAUAAUCUGUUGUGGGUUUCUUCUCUCUUUGUCUAAAUUUGUCAGAUCUUCUUGGGCGGCAGCAUAUGGAUGUCAAGUUCCUGUAGAACUUGCUUGUCGAUCUUGUGUCUUAUUUGGGAUUUCUAGAUGGUUUUUAUUGAUUGAAUUUUGGGGAUAAGUGAAUAGAAUAAGAAGAAAAUAGUUAUGGAUGGUUCACAGAGUAACAGUUCAAAUGCACCACCGCCUUUUCUAACCAAAACAUAUGACAUGGUGGAUGAUCCCUUGACUAACUCGGUGGUGUCAUGGAGCCACAGUGGUUGCAGUUUUGUGGUGUGGAAUCCACCUGAAUUUGCUCAGGAUUUGCUUCCCAAGUACUUCAAGCACAAUAACUUCUCCAGUUUUGUCAGGCAGCUUAAUACUUAUGGAUUUAGGAAGAUUGAUCCUGAUCAGUGGGAGUUUGGUAACGAAGAAUUUAUAAGAGGGCAGAGACAUAUUCUAAAGAAUAUUCACCGGCGGAAGCCAGUUCAUAGCCAUUCCAUGCAGAAUCAUGGGAUUAUCUCUCCGCUUGCUGAAACAGAAAAACAGGAAUAUGAGAAGGAAAUUAACCGACUGAAACAUGAUAAGAACGAACUUGAGUUGGAGCUACAGAGAAACGAGGCAGAGAAGCAGGGAUUUGAAUUUCAAAUCGUCUCACUGGGUGAGCGCUUACAGAGUAUGGAAUGCAGACAGAAGCAGUUGAUGUCCUUCCUGGGUCAGCUAAUGCGAAAACCAGAGUUUGCCUCUCUUCUCAUGCAGCAGUCUGAAUAUCAUAACAAAAAGAGAAAGCUACUGAAACUUGAUUACUUCCAGGGCGAUUACAAAGAGGAGAAUGAGAAUUUGUGUUCUCCAAUUGCAAACCUGGAUGGAUUGCCUGCUCCAAUGCUGCAUCCGGAGUCGGUUGAGAAGUUGGAUUCAUCAUUAAAAUUCUUGGAAGAUUUUCUCUAUGCUGUUGGUGAAAGUUUUAGUGAAGAAGUGUGCCAUGUUGGUGUCAGAUCACAACCUUCAAUGGUCAUUGUUAGAGAAUUAAGUUCAUCCUCUGCAGAUGGCGAGCCUUGGUCUCCAAGAUCAUUUCCAUCUUCACCACAUUCGAGGGAUAUUCGUUCAUCACCUGAGCUGGCUAGAUGUAUCAAUAAUGUUGUCAGACAAACAACUCCAAGUUAUCUCGGUGAUGAUACGAUGCCUGAAUCUUCACAGUUACAGGCAAAUUGCAAGCAUUCUAGAGCUCCAGCAUCUGAAGUCAUAAAAGCACCAGCAUUAGAGAUGAAAAGUCCUACUGUGGUGAAUGGAGCAAAUGAUCUUUUCUGGCAACACUUCCUGACUGAGGCCCCCGGUCCGCAUGAUGGACAAGAAUCUGAAGGUCGAACAGAAAGAAGGAUUACAGAUGACAUAAGAAGCAAUACCAAGCCGGACAGUCACGAGAGAUCUUGGUGGAAUACGAACUACAUAGAUAAUCUUGCAAAAAAUAUGGGACACAUUGCGACAGCUGAAAGAUCAUGAUGGUAGUAGAUUCCUUGGUCCCUUCGCGUCUCAUGUCUUUACUGAAUGUAAAUUACUAACAGAAGAGGUAAAUUAUUUUUGGUUGUAUAGGUCAUAAUGUCAGAUUUUCCGAUUUUUUAUCCAUCCCACAUCAGCCUUGAAUAA